ACACAAUCCCCAACGUACAGUGACACGAGAUCCAACAAUCGACGUUGCCAGCGAGUUAGUUGGACGAAAAUGGCAGACAACGACAUCAAAACGAUGGCCGAAAAGACCAUCAUCGCAGACUUAAUCACCCAAGGGAUCCCCACCUUCACGCCCUCCGGCCCCAAAGCCAGCGAAUACGAACGCUCCGUCGCCACCGCCAACCUCCUCUACCGAUUCACGCGUCCGGCCUGCGUAGUUCAGCCGGAGACCAGGGAGCAAGUCGCGCAAGUCAUCAAGAAAGCCAAAAAGCUCCGCGUGCCCGUCACCAUCAAAUGCGGCGGCCACUCCUACGCCGGCUUCUCCACCACCAACGAAGGCAUCCUGCUCGAUCUAGUACGGAUGAACAAAGUCGAUCUCGACGUCGACAACAACCUCGUUACGCUGCAGGGCGGUGCCCUAUGGGGCCAUGCCUACAAGGCGCUGGUCAACGGCCGGCACAACGGCAUCAUUAUCAACGGCGGGCGCUGCCCCACCGUCGGCGUCGGCGGCUUUUUGCUCGGCGGCGGACUCGGUCCGUUCACGCGGAGCUUCGGGAUGGGCUGCGACACUCUGAAGGAGGCGACGCUCGUCACUGCGGACGGGCGCAUCGUCACCGUUAGCGACGAAAACAAGGCCAACUCGGACGAGGGCAAGCUCUUUUGGGCGCUGCGCGGCGCCGGCGGCGGCAACUUUGGUGUCGUUGUCGAGUUCAAGAUGUACCUCAGCCAUCUUCAGAACGAAGAAGGGCUGGUGGUGGCGGGGAGGUACACCUGGUUUCCCAACCCGGCGGUUGAGGGGGCGAUGGACGAGUUCACUCGCACAAUGGAGCAGUUCUACACGACCUCCUGGCCGGACAGUAUCACGAUCAACAGCUCCUGGCUUUGCGACCUCAAACAGCAGACCAGCAGCGAGCUCAAACUCGGCGUGCGCUUCCUGGUCUACUACGACGGCACCAAGUCGGACUUCGAUGCGCUGAUCUCAGACAAAGUGCAGCAAAAGGACCUGGCGAAGCAGCUCAAGCGUCGCACCCUAGCCGAGAAGUCGACCCGUUUUCUGCACGAGACACUAGCGUCCCAGUGGUCCGAGGAAACCAUCAAGGCCUUCCCCUCCGGCACUGAGACUGCGCACAAGCUCUACUCCUCAUUCGUGUUCAAGAACGACGCCUCCAGAAUCAAGAGCGUCAUCUCCAUCAUCCGACAAGAAAUGGCCGCCUUCCGGCGCGAAUUCGCCGGUGAAAGUGGCCUGCUACAAGUCACCUGGAUUCACUCGGGCGGGAAGGCGAGUGCGAAGAAGCGGUCGGAGACGGCGUUCCGCUGGCGUGACUGCACGUACCACGCGUACAUCAUGCUGGAGUGGCAGGAGAAGUGGUUGGAGAUGGACAUGCGGGGGUUCUUGCAGAAGUUCAAGGAGAAGCUGAGGCCGUUUUCGAUGAUGGGCUGUGCUGCGUUCAUCAACUUUCCUGAUGCUGCUCUCCAGUCGAAUGCGAGUGAGAGAGUGUACUAUGGCAAUAACCGCCAGAAGCUGCAGCGCGUUAAACAGAUCUGGGACAAGGACAAUUUCUUCCAAUGGAACCAGGGGGUUCGUCUUCCGCAGCCGGAAGCGAAUAAGACUGCCAAUUCCAUGUCCGCAAAGGCAGCGACGUUCAAUGCAAAGGCAGCGCCGAUGUCUCUCAUUUCAGGCGAAGGGUUACUUUCGACAUCCAGCUUUGGGUGGAUGUCGGAGUCGAAUUCAGUAUCGCCACAACCUUCUUUGCUUAAUGAUGAUGGCGAGGAUGGUUCUCUGGGCGAUGAGGGUGAGAUGGUGGAUAUCGACGAGCAAAUGCUUACGGAUGUGUAUGCAUCGGAGCAGUGGGACAGCUUUGAUCACCCGGCGGCGAGCGGGAAGAUCAAUUACAGUGCGCUUGGCAGAGGUAUUAUCGACUUGAGUAACUUGGGAUUCUAGUGCCGCCCGGAGAUAAGCCCAUAGGAAGAUGG